AGAGAGAGAGAGAGGGGUGGGGGAGCCACACAGCAGCGCAAUAUCUUAGUUUAUUAUCCGUUGAGAUUUUUUUAUAAUUUUUUUUUUGUACAAUUGCCUUCAUUGAUGGAGUUUCAUGCGCCACAUUUGUAACACUAUAGAUUAGAAAGGCUGUCGUGUCGUUUUACGAGUACCCUUGUCGCCAAGAGGAAAAAUCUUUCGGGUGCUUGAUGGUGCUAAUAGCAUCCCUGCGGUUGCCACUAGUGAGCAGAGGAUGCUGCUGCUGCUGCCUGACGACGCUCUGACGAUCAGGGAGGGCAAUCCCGACUGCCUUACCACACUCUCAACCGUUUAACCUACAUCCUCUAACCUAUAUAUUUUGUGUAGUCUGGCUGUCUGUUCCUCGGCGGCGCACAGAACAGCCAAGGAUUGCUUUAGGAAUAUGAAUACAGCCGUAACUGUGUGGCUCGGUCCCAUCGUCUAGGUUCUUGUUCCGUCGCGAUUGGGGGAAUUCUGUCUCCCGUUCGUUUUCUUUAAUGACUGGAUUUGUGUUUUGCUGCGCGAUGUACAUGGAUAAAACCAGUGUGCUCCGGGGCCCGUCCUCCUCCAGUCCUCGGCUGAUGACGAAGAGCCUAUCCCUGGAGCCUGGUGCUCACGGUGCAUGCCUCGGGGCCCACGACGACGACUCAGACACCCAGACAGAGACCCCUCGCCUAAGCUCAGACCCCGGCCCUCAAACCUCCGGGCCACUGGGUCUGCAACCCCCCGGGGCCCUGCUGCACCCCGCUCGACACAGCUGUAACAGAGGAGACAAUGGGAGUGGAACUCCUCAAGAAGUGCCCUCCACCGCCCUCAAGACACGCCCUCCCUUACCUGGGCCUAAACCACAAGUGCCCCCAAAGCCUCCUCACCUGCAGCAGAGUGCUGGUGCUGCUAGACCACGCCCCCGCGCCCCGGACAAGCCCCUCCCUCUGCCUCCGCCCUGUAGACCUCUGCCUGCAGACCCCAGAGGGGGAGGAGCCAGCCAUCCCCAAACACUCCCCCGCGUUGAGGGAAGCUCUUCCCCCACCGCAUGCGUGCUCUCCCUUAUCGAGAAGUUUGAGAGGGAGAAGAUCAUUGUGGUGCCUGAUAUCACGGGAGGGGGUCUCUGCACCCCCUGGGUCCUCGAGACGGGACCAGGAGGGGACACCUUCUCUCCCCCAGCCUCAGAGCUCCCUCUGGGCUGUCUCCCCGUGGUCUGGCCCCCUGGUUCCUCUCAAGACCUCCAGGAGCUCCGGGAUCUACCUCAGGGGCUGGCUGUGCUGGUUAAUGUGUUGCCGGGGGAGACGGAGGUACCAGAGGAUGACAAUGAUAAUGAACUAGGAACGUUGUGCUCUAUCUCUGACAAGCGUCUGUCCAUGGAGUCUGGCUACAGCGCCUCGGAGAGACUCACGGACACCAUGGAGAUGAAGGAGCAGGUGGGGUCAGAAUCAGAGAGCCAAUCAGAGAUCCCCUCUGAACACUUGCCCCUCCUUCAGCCGCAGACGGACGGCAAGCUGGCCAAUCGGGACUCUGGCAUCGACAGCAUCAGCUCUCCGUCCCACAGCGAGGAGCUGUGUUUCGCCGGCGACGAGGACCGGGUCAUCUACCCAUGUAGUCCCGCCCUCACGCUGCCACGCCUCUCUAGCUCCUCUUCCUCCGGCUAUGCCGAGGGUCCGGGGGGAGAGGGGGCAUCGGCCGAGGGGGGGAGAGAUUCGGAGGGGGACAGUGACUUGGAGGAGGGGAGUGGGGACGAGACAAUUGAACUGAUCAACCCCAUGAUGGAUCUGCUGCCUUUGGCCCUGCCUCAAACAGACAGACAGGACUCUACAGAGCUGUCGGUGCAGCAGCGUGUGUUCAACAUAGCCAAUGAGCUCCUCCACACAGAGAAGGCCUACGUGUCUCGGCUGUACCUCCUGGACCAGGUGUUCUGCUCCUCCCUCCUAGAGGAGGCGCGCUCCCGCUCCUCCUUCCCUCUAGACGUGGUCAUGGGUAUCUUCUCCAACAUCUGCUCUAUAUACUGUUUCCACCAGCAGUUCCUGCUCCCCGCCCUGGAGAAACGCAUGGCGGAGUGGGAUGUGAACCCGCGCAUCGGGGACAUCCUGCAGAAGCUAGCCCCCUUCCUGAAGAUGUACGGAGAGUACGUGAAGAACUUUGACCGGGCCAUGGAGCUGGUCAACACCUGGAUGGAGAGGUCGUCCCAGUUCAAAGCCAUCGUCCACCAAAUCCAGAGAGAGGAGCGCUGUGGUAACCUGACCCUACAGCACCACAUGUUGGAGCCGGUUCAGAGGAUCCCUCGCUACGAGCUGCUGCUGAAAGACUACCUGCACCGUCUCCCUGACGACCAUGAUGACUUUCAACAUGCACAGAAAUCACUAGAGUUGAUCGCCACAGCUGCCGAGCACUCCAACACUGCCAUCAGAAAGAUGGAGCGUAUGCGUAAGCUGCUGAAGGUGUAUGAGUUGCUGGGAGGAGAGGAGGACAUCGUUAACCCUACUAACGAACUCAUCAAGGAGGGACACAUCCUCAAACUGUCGGCUAAGAACGGCACCUCACAGGACAGAUACCUCAUCCUGUUCAAUGAUAGGUUAUUGUACUGCGUCCCUAAACUGAGGCUGAUUGGCCAGAAGUUUGGGGUGAGAGCCAGGAUCAACGUGGAUGGGAUGGAGCUGAAGGAGAGCAGCAGUGUUAACGUUCCCAGGACCUUCUUGGUGUCUGGAAAACAACGAUCACUAGAACUACAGGCCAGGACUGAAGAAGAGAAGAAGGACUGGAUCCAGGCUAUCCAGGCCACCAUUCAGAGACAUGAACAGACGCUAGCCACGUUCCACCAUCUCAACUGCUCUCUCCGAGAUGAGGACUACACUCCUCCCAACUCACCUAAUUGUUCCGAGCUGGGGAAGCGUGCCCCCACUCCGAUCCGUGAGAAGGAGGUGACUCUGUGUAUGAAGUGCCAGGAGCCGUUCAACUCCAUCACCAAGAGACGUCACCACUGCAAGGCCUGUGGACACGUGGUGUGUGGAAAGUGUUCAGAGUUCAGGGCCCGUCUGCUCUACGACAACAACAGGGCUAACAGGGUGUGCAUCGACUGCUACACAACCCUAGUGGGGGUUCCCCCCUCCCCCGCCAGCCUGACCUGCAGCAUAAACAGACGACGGUCAAUACUAGAGAAACAGGCGUCGGUGGCAGCAGAGAACAGUGUGAUGUGUAGCUUCCUCCACCACAUGGAGAAGGGAGCAGGCAGAGGCUGGCAGAAAGCCUGGUUUGUCAUCCCAGAGAAUGAACCACUGGUGCUGUACAUAUACGGAGCUCCUCAGGAUGUGAAAGCCCAGCGCUCUGUACCCCUGAUUGGCUUCGAGGUCUCCCUUCCUGAGUCAUGUGACCGCCUGGAACGCCGCUUUGCCUUCAAAAUCAGCCAAUCCCACCUUACGCUCUACUUCAGUGCCGAUGGGGAGGAGCUACAGCGCCGCUGGAUAGAGGUCCUAUCACGCGCAGGGAGAGGGGAGGAGCUACAGGCUCACGGUUCAAUUACAGAGGCCCUAGAGGAGGAAGGGGAGGAGACUGCAACCUCGGGAGAGAAUACAUGAUUGAUUUUGAGGCGUACAAUCAAUAUUAGAUCUGUUCUCUAAAGACACAAAACUACAAACUGUACAGAACAUGAGCAGCACACACACAGUUUAAAACUUACAUACACACACAGGUACGCACACACAGGUACACACACACACACAGGUACAUACACACACAGGUACACACACACACACAGGUACACACACACACAAACUCACACACACCUCUCUGUAUUUAAUGUCAGUGAUCAGUCAGUUGCAUGAUAAUAUCUACAGGUCUGUUUCUCUCAGUCAGUGUAUUGCUCAUCAACUCGUCACAGUGAACCAGUGUUUUGCAACAACAUCAAAACAAACUGCCAAAAGUCAAAAAAAAGUGUUCCUCCCUUCAGAAGAUAUAUCAGAGGAAUGCAGUAAACAAAGAU